AUGGCGGAUUUGGAGGCGACAUCGACCGAUUGGUCCUCGUCGGAUUCCGAUGAUUCGGACAUCGAGGAGGUGCUCGACGACGACGAGACGGAGAUGAUGCUGCUCCUGUUCGGCAUGAAGCACAUGGAGGACCGCGCCAAGCUGCUGGAUCAGCGGAAAGGAUCCGUGAUGGGGCGUAUGUGCAUUCCACGGAACCGCGCACUCGGCCACGAACAGCUGAUGCAAGAUUAUUUUGCCGAGGUACCGAACUAUCCUCCCCGCCUCUUCCGUAGACGGUACCGAAUGCGUAGGACUUUGUUCGAGAGAAUCGUCAAAGAUUGCGAGGCAAAUUGCGAUUAUUUCAAGCAAAGAAGAAACGCUGCCCAAGUCAUGGGAUUUAGCCCUUAUCAAAAAAUAUCUGCCGCCACGAGGGUUAUUGCAUACGGUAUACCAGCAGAUUAUACCGAUGAGUACCUUCGCAUUGGUGUGCAAACAACCACGGAUUCCGUGCGUAUGUUUGCCAAGAUGGUGAUCAAGUUGUAUGGAGAGACGUAUCUCCGAGCUCCAAAUGAGGAAGAUACAAAAAGGCUCAUGGAGAUCAAUGAAAAGAGGGGGUGGCCGGGAUGCUUGGAAUGUAUUGUGGCAAAAGCCGUGAUGCUACCAUUGUUCUUGAAGCUGUGGUCUCUCAAGACUUAUGGAUUUGGCAUGCUUUUUUUGGACUGCCGGGGACACUCAACGACAUCAACAUCUUGA